AACUUCUUGAUCUGCAACAUGACUUGACUCGUCUUCCCCUGCCUUGUUGCGCGCCAGGAAUUAACCUGGAACUGACGCAAUGCCCGCCUUCACAGCCCGGAACACGAGCGUCACCCCCGAAGAUCGCCAUCACUGAAACAGGGCAGCCUUCUGAAACGCGCAAUGGCAAUUGAAUGUUAGCGACAAUGUGACCAGAAUGCUGCAAUGACGUGUGAUGUGCCAGGGAGUGAAUGUUGCAGUCGAGAUAGGUAUAAGAGACUUUCUUAAACCGUUGUCUUAUGCUCCAGUUUUCCUUCCUACCACACACCACAUAUUCAAACCAGUACUGUACCAGAAAGCACUCAUCAUGGGCAUCUUGGGCAAGCUAGAAGACAAGCUCACGGGCUCUCACAAGCACGAAGACCAGAACAGACUGCAGAAGGAAUCCGAGGCUGGCGGCCACCACGGUCGUCAUGAAGCCGAAGGCUACGCUGGCCAGCAGAUGAUGGGCGACAAUACCCCUGAAGGCAGGACGCACGAUUUGAGGCAUCCAAUUCAGAGUGCAACCAGCCGCACUCACGGCGAGCAGUAUGGUAACAUGCCAGCCGCCGGUUCGGGUUCGGCUUCUUCGUACGCUGACGACGGCUAUGGCUCCCAGCCAAACACCAACAAGAUGCUUCCGCAGGAGCCGUAUGAUCCCCACACCAUCAAGGGCCAGAACAUUGCAGCAAAUGCUGCUUCCAGGGAUCAUCACGGCCAUCACGGCACUGGUAUGACCGGUGGUCGUUCAGGUCAGCAUAAUGACCUUGAAAAUCCUUCGGCUAUCCCUUACGCCGGUAACGAAAGGGUUGGCGAAUCGGGCAUGCACCCGGGUUACAAUGACCAGCACCAUCAUGGACGCGAUGCUGCGAUGGGCGCGGGUGCUGCCGGUGUCGGCGCGCAUGAGAUGAACAAGCACCACGGUCACCACUCGGGCCACGAUACUGGUCGCAGUAGUCAUGAAGCCAAUAGGCACCACAAUGGUCGCCACGAGGGUCGUGACGCCGCCCUGGCUGGCGGGGCUGGUGCAGCCGGUAUCGGUGCUUACGAGAGUGGCAAGCAUCACAACACACAUCAUCCCGGCCGCGAAGCUGCCCGACAUCACAACGAGCCUCACAUGGGUCGCGAUGCUGCCCUAGCCGGCGGCGCCUACGAGACCGACAACCACCACCACAACCACCAUCACGGUCGUGAUACUGCCUUCGAUGGGCACGACAACGACAGGCACCACAACGGUCAACACAUUGGUCGGGAUGCCGUGACGGCGGGCGGACUUGGCGCUGCCGGUGUGGGCGCAUACGAAGCCAAUAAGCAUCACCGUGACCAUCGUGGCGACACUGGGCCAGCUUCCAACACCAUCGGUCCGCAUUCGAACAACAUGGCGAAUGUAGUUGACCCUCGGGUGAAGCCUCAGCCUGAUCAGAUGAAAGACCGCACCACCGCUGGUCCUCACAAGAGCGAUAUGCUGAACAAGUUGGAUCCUCGCGUGGAGUCCAACCCGGCAAAGGCGCACGAGCAAGGUCAACACGACCACCACUACGGUCGUGAUGCUGCUGUGGCUGGAGGUCUUGGCUCUGCAGGCGCCGGCGCGUACGAGCACGAGAAGCACCACGGCCAGCACCAUCAGGGCGGUUUGCCACAUCGUCCUCACGAGGGUGCAUCAAACACUUCUUACGGGCAGCCACAAGGCCAGGGUGCGAUUGGAGGCGGCAGUGGGACGGGACUUACGGCAUCAGGUCUUCCUACGGAGAAGAAGCUUGGUGGAGCUUACGAAGCUGGCUACAGAGAUGCUAUGGCGCAUAUUGAGGCUGAGAGGAAGUGAGGAUUGGGCGCUCAAUCACCGAAAGACUUUGCGCGAGCCACUGAAGGCUAUCGACCUUAGUCCUGUACAAUAACGACAACUAUAAUGUAUUAAUGAACUUACUAGUCUGCCAGCC